CUCCUGUGGUAAUUUUUUCCAGAUCAAACAAGGUGACACUUCAUAUUUCAGAAUGGACCGGUUUGAAGAGGCAUCAGAUGGUGAAGUGGAUCAUGCUUUCUUUGACAGUGAUUUUGAGGAAGAGAAGAAGAAAGCUGAAGAAAAUGGGGAAUGUAUAGAGAAAGGAGGUACAAAGGCAGCUCUUGCAGACCCUCAUUUAAUUUCUAAUUCAAAAGAUGCUCUGUGUUGUGAGGAGGAAAAGGAAGAAAAGCAGGAAAGUUUGCAGAAGGGUCAGUCCCUAGAAAAUAGCACAGGUUUUCAUGGAGAUGCUUCAUCUUUGUCACUUUCUCCAGCUGUGGAAAAUGCAGAUAUAUCUGGAGCAACAUCAGCAGCAAGUAGAGGAAUGCAGGAGAAUGUUCCUGCUGGAAUUCCCAGGAUAGUUAAAGAGGGUGAAGAAGAUUAUUAUACAGAUGAAGAAGAUAGUAGUGACGAUGGCAAAAAACAGAAGGUUAGACCUAAGUCAGCUAAACAGUCAAACAGCACAAAAAAGGCUAGCAAAAAAUAUACUCAUAUCAGCUCCUCCUCCUCUUCUUCCUCCUCCUCGUCCUCCUCAUCCUCCUCAUCCUCAAGCUCAGAUACAGAUUGUUCUGAUACAGAUUCCGAUAGCUGUUUAUCAGAUUCAUCUUAUUCUUCCUCAAAGAGGAAUGCUUGUAGGAAUGCUCUUCUGUCUCCAAAACAAAAAUUCAAGUCAGCAAUGAAAUUGGCAGAAGGAAAACAAAAGCUCAGUGACUACUUGGAGGAAUCUGAAGACACAGUGACUGAUGUAACACCUCUGUCAACUCCAGAUAUCAGUCCUAUCCAGUCUUUUGAACUUACAGCAUCAAAUGAUAAGAAACUAAAAGUAAAAAGACAGGAAAAUGUGAACCAAGAAUUAUACGAUUCAGAGCUUGGUUGCAGAUACCGACGAAAAGUCUUGCAUGAUGCCGUGGAUCUGAAUCAGCUUUUGAAAGCUUUUCUGCAAUUGGAGAAAAAAGGACAAAAACAAACCAUCGAUCAGCCAUGUAGAGGAACAAGGAAAAAUUAUUCUUUCACAAAUGAAGAAGUAAGAGAGAUUGAUCGGGAAAACCAAAGGUUGCUGAAAGAACUGUCCAGACAGUCUGCAAAGCCGCGAAGUAGCACCAGCCUGAAGUCAGCUGUACAGCCGCCCAAAUUGUACCACAGUGCCCUCAACAGGCAAAAGGAGCAACAAAGAAUUGAAAGAGAAAACCUGGCUUUCCUGAAAAGACUGGAAGCAGUGAAACCGACAGCUGGUUUGAGGCGUUCUGAGCAAUUGUUGGACUAUCAGCGCCAGAUGAGCUAUCUGACUUCUUCACCUUCUGUAAGAAGAGGAAAAUCUGCUCUCAGCCAGCUUAGUCCUUCCAGACGCACUUCAAGAGCCACCACUGUACCAGCUACAAUGAGCCAGAGGAAUGAAAAAAGCAUGUCUGAUACAGCCUGUGGGGCACUACAAAGACCUAAGCCCACCAAUGACAGUCUUAAUGAAGAGCAAAAACUGUGAUGUCACUAUCGAAUGGAUGUUGCUGGAAGCCUGGUCACUUCUCCAGCUUCUUCCCAGAAGAAUUACAGGACAUCACUUCGUAUUAUGCAUAAAAUAAAAAAAAGCAAUGUUCAGUACUGCUGGGUCUUGGCCCUGUGGAAUUGAAAGUUUAUUAUUCUUUGCUCAUGCUUGCAUGAGGGCUUAGUCUUUCAGGUGUUCUGCAUUGUAACAAACUUAAUUGGUCCUGUGUGGUGGUUUGGCACAGCUUCUGCACCUGGUAACCUGCAGAUCAAAUUUAGCUGUUUGACAAUAUUUGAACUCUAAAGCAGCAUUGUGGCAGUUUUUUUAUUGCAAUUAUUAUUCAUUGAUAGGGAUUGCAAGGAAUAUUUUGCAUAGUGCAACUGUAUUUAUUUGUGCUAUUGUCCUAAUUAAACUUAUUUACUAUUUAAAGAUUUUUGUCCUUGAAUGUGAGUAUCAAGGUCACAGUUUAAAUGAUUUUUAGUGUUCAUAUAUGGGGUUUUUUUCUGUAAAGAAAUUCACAAAACAAUUUGCUUUUAAUUGCUUAAUC